CCUUCCCUGAGGGGUUUCUUUCUGUUAUCGCUUCCAGUUUGUUUUGGCAGGUGUCAAACUUGGUGAGUCCAGAGUGAAACUGACGCACGCCGAGGGAGCGCGCCUGGCGGACGGUGUGAGGUUAAAACCGAAGGUUUUGCGUGUAGCCACGAGUUUCCUUCCCCGACACAUAUUUUUCUUCGCCUCCUGCGCGCUGUCGUUUCUGCAGCAGCGGUGGACUCGCUGCGCAUUUGCGCAAAGCGUCCUUCUUUUUGCAGCAAAGUCUCACCGACAUGCGGAUUCUUGUGCAGUGAAACCGCUGUAAAUCUCGUAUUUCUUUAAUCCCUCUCUUUUCUUCACAAAGAAGGAGAGCAGGAAGAAAUCACACGAGGAGCGCUGCGAGUGUCCGUGUGCGCGCCGCACUGGAGCGGAGGAAGCGAUGGCAGUCCCGGUGAAAACGGCUUUUAUUUUCCUGCUUCUCACUGUGGCAACUGCCUUGUGUGCUGAUGUGGAGGAGCGGCUGGUGAAUCAGCUCUUAUCACCUGAGCGCUACAACAAGCUGAUCAGACCAGCUGUCAACACCAGUCAGCAGGUCACCAUUUACGUGCAGGUGUCUUUAGCUCAGCUGAUCAAUGUGAAUGAGAGGGAGCAGAUCAUGACCACUAACUGCUGGCUCUCUCAGGUUUGGAAUGACUACAGAUUAAUGUGGAACCCCGAAGAAUAUGAAGGAAUCAAGAAAAUCCGUCUCCCAUCACAACAUAUUUGGCUGCCAGACAUCGUCCUCUACAACAAUGCCGAUGGGACGUAUGAAGUCUCCUUCUACUCUAAUGCGGUGGUCUCUAAUAAUGGUGAGGUGGCCUGGCUCCCUCCGGCUAUUUAUAAGUCGGCCUGUAAAAUCGAAGUCCGGGAUUUCCCUUUUGACCAACAGAACUGCACCCUGAAGUUCCGCUCGUGGACCUACGAUCACACUGAGAUUGACCUCAACCUCCUUAGUAAUUUUGCCAGCCGUGAUGACUUUAAGCCCAGUGGUGAGUGGGACAUUGUUUCUCUGCCUGGACGUAAAAACGAAGACCCUGAAGAUAUCAGGUAUCUAGAUAUCACGUAUGACUUUAUCAUCAAGAGAAAACCUCUCUUCUACACCAUCAACCUCAUCAUUCCCUGCAUCCUGAUCACUUCUCUGGCGAUUCUGGUGUUCUACCUGCCAUCAGACUGUGGUGAGAAGAUGACACUCUGUAUCUCUGUCCUCCUCGCUCUGACUGUGUUCUUACUACUGAUUUCAAAGAUCGUACCACCUACAUCUUUAGCAGUGCCUCUGAUUGGGAAGUACCUGAUGUUUACCAUGGUGUUAGUCACCUUCUCUAUCGUCACCAGUGUAUGUGUGCUUAACAUCCACCAUCGGUCCCCAAGUACACACACUAUGCCUCCUUGGGUCAAGCGGUUCUUCCUGUACCGACUCCCUUCCUACCUCUUCAUGCGGAGACCAGGUAGCUCCAACAUCCGAGAGAGGUUUCGGAAAAAGUACCAGCAGUCGCCAAACUCUGACCAGAAGCUGCUUGGGGCAGUGGGUGACACUGGCCGUGUGUCAGCACUGGCAGACUCUUCCUCAUCUUUUUACGUGAAUGAGGAACCGGCCAAAAGCUAUGGCUGGAAGAUCAGCGACUUGUCGAAGAACACAGAGUUCAGGAAGAGGAUGACGCUCAAGUGCAACAUUGAUGUGGAAGAUGCAGUGGAUGGAGUACGCUACAUUGCUGAGAAGAUGAAGAGUGAGGAUGAUGAUGAAGGGAUCAUUGAAGACUGGAAGUAUGUUGCCAUGGUAAUCGACCGUCUGUUCCUGUGGAUAUUUGUGAUGGUGUGUGUGAUCGGUACAGUGGGCCUCUUCAUGCAGCCUCUUUUCCAGAGUUAUAACACCCCCACUGUUGAUGAACUGGACCAGAACUGAUGCUGAAGUUACCAUGAAACUGUCUGAGCUUUGAAUCCCCUCAGAAUCAGAUUUCUGAUAAGAUUUUGACACACAUGCCUCCGCCUCCCCCCCACACUCCCACGUGGAAACAAUGCUGCUGCACUCCCCCACCCUGCAACCCCCUCACCCACCUCGUACCUGCG